GAUACACACGCGUUCCCGGAGCUCCCUUCGGCCACCACGGCGCAGUCGGCCCCCGUUAGCUCCCCCCCGCUCCCCCUCUGCGGCCCCGAUACUAGCCUACUAUCAACCGCCAGCGCCCGUCCUGGCGAAUCCUCCGAGGUCCUGUUCCGCCACACCGGCAUCUCUCAGCGUCCGCGCGAGCUCCGAUCAAAACAGAAGCCCAGAUAUUCGACCACCGUGCGCUAGUGUCCGUGUGUGUACGCUGUGGUUGCCUGUGGGGUGUGUGCGUGUGUGUGUGAAGCAGUGUGUGUUCGGUGGGACAGUGAAUUCCGGCCGACCCGGAACCCGGUUGUCCCGGAGUCGUGACACUGCACAGAGUGCUGCGCAGUGCUGCGCAGUGUGGUGGUGGUGUUGGUUGGUCCGUUUGUUCGCAGGACAGCAAGAUGAGAGCCCUCAUUGUAGCGCUGGCCGCCGUGUGUUUAGUGAACGCCCAGCAAAAUAAGGACGAGAAGGAGUUCAAAUGUCCCACGGAUCAAGGCAACGGUAACUUCGCAGAUCCCGUUACAUGCCGCCGUUUCUAUCAGUGCGUUGAUGGGUUUCCGUACCUGAACCGCUGCCCGUCCGGUCUGUACUUCGAUGAUCUCCAGAAGUACUGCACAUUUAAGGCGGAAGCCAAAUGUGGUCCGCUCGCCUCAACACCGGCAGCGACCACUGAAUCUCCAAUUGAUCUGGCCAAAAAGUGCAACCCUAGUGAAUGUGAACUGCCGUACUGCUAUUGCAACAAGGACGGUACCUUGAUCCCGAAGGAUCUAGAUCCGGAAGAGACCCCGCAAAUUAUUCUGCUCACCUUCGACGGUGCCGUCAAUCUGAAUAACUACGAACACUACCGGAAGGUGUUCAACGGAAAACGCAAAAACCCGAACGGGUGCGACAUUAAGGGAACUUUCUUCAUCUCGCACGAGUACAGCAAUUAUCAGCAGAUCCAGACACUCGCCAACGAUGCCCAUGAAAUUGCUGUCGAAACGAUUUCUCUGCAAAUGGGCCUGCAGGACAAAGGCUACGAAGAAUGGGUCGGUGAGAUGAUCGGUAUGCGCUCGAUCCUGAAGCACUUUUCCAACGUGUCGGCAAACGAGAUUAACGGAAUGCGGGCGCCAUUCCUGAAACCCGGUCGCAACACGCAGUACAAGGUGAUCGAAGACUUUGGCUUUAUCUACGAUAGCUCGAUCAGCGUUCCGCCCAGUCCGGUGCCGGUGUGGCCGUAUACGCUGGACUAUAAGAUUCCGCACGAGUGCAAGAGUGGCACCUGUCCAACGAAGUCAUUCCCCGGCAUCUGGGAGGUGCCACUAAAUGCGCACUUCGUUGAGAGCUACGAGGGCGGCCACUGCCCAUACAUGGACCAGUGCGUGCUGCACAACCACGAUGCGGAAGAUGUGUUUGCCUGGCUGCAGGAAGAUUUUGAGCGAUACUACUACCAGAACAAGGCCCCAUACAUGAUGCCGUUUCACACGAAUUGGUUUCAGAUCAAGGAGCUUGAGAAAGGCCUGCACAAGUUUCUUGACUGGACACAAACACUGCCGGACGUUUGGUUCGUAACGAUCACACAAGCGUUAACAUGGAUAACUGAUCCGAAGACGAACAAGCAGCUGGGCGGAUACGAACCAUGGAACUGCAAAAGCAAAACUAUGCAAACGCCCAAACCGUGCAAUCUGUCGAACAAGUGUGCACUUGCCUUCAAGGAACCAACUUCAAACAUUAGCGACACCCGCUACAUGGAAACUUGCUUCGACUGCCCGACCGUUUAUCCGUGGCUGGGAGAUUCGCACGGUUCCGGCAUUCCUGGACGCGACAACUACAUCGACCAGUCGGAAGGUGGUAGCAGUAGUGCUGGUGGCAGCGCCGCUGGCCGCGACCAGGGUGAUGUAGGGGAACGAAAGUAGAAUAAAGUGCAGUAAUCAAAUGGCCCACACGGAGGGCUAUUCUGAAAUGCCAAUUUCUUAUUUCUGGAACUUUCUGAUAGAGCACACAUAUAUUUAAAUCCUCUUUGGAACCAACUACCACCCCAGUCGGUAAGCGACGGAGAAAAUUACUGCUUUGGCAGAUUGAUGUUUCCGAGCAUUACAAUUAGCGAUUGGCAACAACCCUCACCUCCACAAAACCCAACCCUCUGGGAGAUAUAAAAAAUUAAAGCAUACAUUUCCCAUUCGAAUGAGAUUCUAACAUUCUAACGAAUCCUACGUAUGACACAGAAAUCCGACGUAUGACACAGUUGUAACGGUGAAUCCGAAUGGAAUAGUGCAAGAAGAAAAUCUCCAGAAGAGGAUUAGUGGUAUUAUGUUCGGAAGCUCGACUACCCUUACACAUGACCGUUCGCCGCUCCCAUAGAUAAGGUCUAUCGUUUUAGCUGAAAUUUUCAUUCAAGAUCGUGCCCUGUAAAGUUGACCUCGAUUUUGGUUUAGGGCGAUUAAAACCUCACAAAAUUUCUAUAACAUCGAAAAUUAACGAGUAACUGCUUUUUUGUUUGCAUUGCUGUUAUUUGUAUCACUACGCACUAUAUAAUUUCAUAGAAAGAACUACACACCUGGCCGACCACAGUUUUGCUGUUGUUCUAGUU